CCCCUGCUUGCGGAAGGGUUUACCGUAAUGAUACCCUUAGGCUUCCAUUCUGUCCUGGCGUUCAGGGGCGGCGAAGAGAGGCUGUACCGUAACGACUGCGAGGGGGCGCCCACGAGCCUCUACCGUAAUGACUGCGGGGGGACGCCAAGAAGCCUCUACCGUAACGACUCCGCGGGGGCGCCAGAGCUCUAUCACCGGCGGAGACGGCAGACACUAGUCCCGUAACUGCCCUCGAGUCGCCCCGUAAGGACUCUGCUGGGGCACCUCCCCCUACCGUAAUGAUCCCCGCGGGCUUGCGCCUCGUUUGUGCGCAGGCGCAAGAACGGUUUUCACCCGCGGCCGCCUCGGGCGCUCUCAUUCCCGGAGGAGCACUUGAGAUGGAAUCCAGGGCCCUGUAAACUAACACCUUCAAGAUGACUGACGCACCAUGCUCCUCCCAGUCAGGCCAUUCUGAUCAUCGCUCCUACGCCUCUUCCAGGACCUCCCAGUGCAUCACAGAUACUAUUCAGCCUGUUAUCGUGGUUCACGGCGGAGGAGCCGGCUCCAUCUCUAAGGAACGCUCGGAAAGAGUACGACAUGGUGUCACCAAAGCUGCUUUGACAGGCUACAACAUCCUCAAAGAAGGCAAGAGCGCCCUGGACGCUGUCGAAGGGGCAGUGGUGGCCCUGGAGGAUGACCCUGAAUUCAAUGCAGGUAAUGGAUCCGUCUUGAAUGAGGAUAGUCAAAUUGAAAUGGAUGCCAGCAUCAUGGAUGGAAAAAACCUGUCCUCGGGAGCAGUCUCCUCCAUUAGGAACAUCGCCAACCCCAUCAAACUUGCCCGUCUGGUUAUGGAAAAGACAAAUCACUCCUUCCUGACUGAUCGAGGUGCGGCCUGUUUUGCUAAGAACAUGGGGAUCCCAGUAAUUCCUGGAGAAAAAUUGGUAACAGAGCGAAACAUCAAACGUCUGAAGAAAGAGAAAGUUGAAAAAACGAAUUUCCUAACAGAUAUGGACAAGAACACUGGAACAGUAGGUGCUGUGGCCCUGGACAGAAAUGGAAACCUUGCCUACGCAACAUCCACUGGGGGGACCAUUAAUAAGAUGGUUGGCCGUGUCGGGGACUCCCCCUGUGUAGGUUCUGGGGGCUAUGCUGAUAAUGAGGUCGGGGCUGUUUCUACUACCGGCCAUGGAGAGAGCAUAAUAAAAGUGAAUCUCGCCAGACUGGUUAUCUUCUACAUGGAACAAGGAAAGAGUCCACAAGAGGCUGCUGACGCUGCCUUGUGUUACAUGAAGAAAAGGGUCAAAGGUUUAGGCGGCGUCAUUGUGAUUGAUAGAACAGGAGAGUGGGCUGCAAGGUGGACCUCGGUCUCCAUGCCCUGGGCCUCGGCAAAGGAGGACAAGCUUCAGUUUGGAAUCGUCCCUGGGAUGGUACACAUCACCGACAUCGGCAGAAACAAAAGCCCUAACUCAUGUGUCUGACUGCCAGGUCUGGGUUAGGAAGAGACAAUGAAUAAAGUGGGCUGGUCUCCAGCCUAGGCAACGGUAACGUUCAGGAGAAUUUUACCUUACUCUAUUAGGUCUGCAUUUGGAGAAAUCAUGCACCCUGUCACACUUGAUUUGUUUCCUUGAUCAAAACAUAUUCUAAGAAAUUCCAUUUUGGCCCGCUGUGAAAUAAAGGUCAAAACAAGACUUGCCUCAAGACAUCA